AUGUCGCGCAAUCUAGUACGCGAAUACAAGACCAACAUCACUGCCAUGACAGCGGUAAUGACUGAGGAGCAGAAGACUCACAGCAUCAUGAACCUGGCGGGCUACAUCAACAUUCUUACUUCUUUGGGCAGGUGGGAUGUAGAGCUGUCCAACGCAUGUCUAGAACUCGCACGACUCUACUUAGGAAAGAAACACUACGCGCAGGCAAAACAAGCUGCCAUGGCAGGGUCGCUCGUCGAGAAGAACUUCUUCAUUGAUACUUGGAAUCAGCAGCUGAACGACAUACUAGGACAGUGUCAUCAGGAGGACGAAAGGCUGCGUGAGGAGUACAACAAAGGGGCCAUGGGUCCUUUUUCGAUCCUACCUAUGUAG